CAAGAUGGCGGCGCCCACACCGUGGCUGCGCUGUUGCCGCGCGGCGGAGUUAUUUGGCGCCCUGCGGCGGGCCCGGCCACCGGGAACGCGGCACGUCCACGAGCGGCCGCAGCGGGCCCGCGGCGCCAAGGGGCUGCUGGCGGCGCAGUUCGAGCGCGGCCUCUUCCAGGAGGUGUUCCCGGCGCAGGGCGCGGACGAGCAGCUGGAAGCGCUGCUGGAGCCGGGCCGCCCGCCCGUCGCCGUUUACUGCGGUUUCGACCCGACGGCGGACUCGCUGCACGUCGGGCACCUGCCGGCCGUCAUGGCGCUGCUGCACUUCCAGCGCGCCGGACACACCAUCUUGGCUGUGGUGGGCGGCGCGACGGCGCGGCUGGGAGACCCCAGCGGCCGCGAACGCGCGCGGGAGCCGCUGGAGGCCGAGAAGGUGCGGGCCCACGCGCGGGGGCUGCGCGAGGGGCUGGGGCGGCUGCUGGAGAACCACCGCGCGCUGUUCUGGGCGGCGGGCGGAGGGCGGCCCCUGGGCCGGGCGGAGCUCCUGGACAACGCGUGGUGGCUGGGCCGCGAGCCGCUGCUCGACUUCCUAUGCGGCGCCGGCGGCCGCCUCCGCAUGGGCACGUUGCUAAGCCGGCAGGCCUGCCAAGCGCGGCUGCGCAGCGCCGAGGGCAUGAGUCUGGCCGAGUUCCUGUACCCCGCCCUGCAGGCCUACGACUUCUUGCACCUCCACCGGCACCACGGCUGCCGCGUGCAGCUGGGCGGCGCCGACCAGAUGGGCAACAUCAUGUCCGGAUACGAGCUCGUCACCAAGAUGACAGGAACAGAUGUGUUUGGAAUUACUGUGCCUCUUAUUACCAGUACUACUGGAGAUAAACUGGGAAAGACUGCUGGCAAUGCAGUUUGGCUAAACAGAGAUAAGACUUCUCCGUUUGAGCUGUAUCAGUUUUUUGUUAGACAACAAGAUGACAUAGUUGAGAAAUACCUGAAACUCUUCACCUUUCUUCCUCUUGAGGAGAUUGACCACAUCAUGGAAAUGCAUGCCAGAGAGCCUGAAAAAUGGGGCCCUCAGAAACGACUUGCAGCAGAAGUAACAAAACUCGUUCAUGGCAGAGAAGGGCUGGAAUCUGCUAAGAGAUGCACCAAAGCCCUUUAUUACAGCAGUGUGGAGGCACUGGAAGCUAUGUCUGACCAGGAGUUACAGGAACUUUUUAGACAGGCUCCUUCGGCUGAAUUGAUGCUUGAACCUGGAAUGACUCUGCUUGACCUGUGUCGCAAAGCAAAUGCCAUUCCACAUGGACCUAGUGGGUACCAGAAAAUUACAGACGGUGGAGUUUCAGUAAAUGGGAUUCGUGUAACCAAUCCUGAGACUGUUCUUAUUCUUGGACAGCAUAUUCUCAAGAAUGGAGUAUCAUUGCUUAGGAUUGGAAAGAAAAACUACUACAUUAUAAAAUGGCUCACAUUGUGACAAGAAGAAUAUCUUCCUGAAAUUAGACACCACUUCAACUCUGUUGCUUGAAGAAUGUAAUUGAAGACAUUUCUAUACUGUGCAGCUCACAAACUGCCUAAUAGCAUAGUUUCAGUUUUCAGAAUACAUCAACAGAGUUCAAAUAAAGGCAGCUGAGAUUCUAAA